CAAUAGAUAUGUAUCGAUCGUCUUCCAUUUUUACAAUCUACAAUCAUGAAAAUUAAUCGAUUGCUUAUUAUCUCAAUAGAUCUCAAAAAUGAUUUUUUUAGGAACAAAUUAACAUGGGGCCGAAGACACGAGGAGGAAUGGUUAGAAGAAGCAGACGUUCCCAAGGUCUGGAAGCAGAAACAGAGUUCAUUGAGAUAACCAGAAAGAGUACGAAAAUGCGUAAGUUAAAUAAGGGAAAGAAGUUGCUAUUGAAGAAGAAAACAUUGAGAUAAGGCAAGAAAGUGCUGACGAAGUCCCGACAAAGGUUUCUGAAGAUGUUAAUGAGGCGGAUGGUGAUGGUGAUGGUGAUGAUCCACAUGUGGAAAUUGAAGUUGAGAAUGUCAUUGCUGAAGAACAGUCUCAGUCUGAGAAUGGAGUUACUGAAGAACCUUCUCAGCCGAGAGAAGCUGACAUGGAAGCUGAAAAUGGAGUUACUCAAGAACCUUCUCAGCCGAGAGAAGCUGACAUGGAACCUGAGAAUGGAUUUACUCAAGAACCUUCUCAGUCGAGAGAAGCUGACAUGGAACCUGAGAAUGGAGUUACUCAAGAACCUUCUCAGCCGAGAGAAGCUGACAUUGAAACUGAGAAUGGCAUUUCAGGAGCAGAAGCAUCGCCAUCUGAUGGAAAACAAAAGAAGAAAAGAGGACCCACAAAGAUGCGUAAAGUGGCCAAGGAUCAUCAAGAGAAGGUUUCUGUGUCAUUCACUGAGCUUGGCGAACAUGUAGGUCCUGGAUCAGUGACACUUUCAUCGUUCCUUGGACCCCUUGUACGCGAACAUGUGACUGUACUUCUUGAUGAUUGGAGGAAUCUUGAUAAGCAGACAAAGGACACAUUAUGGGAGGAAAUUCAGGCGAGGUUUGAUUUGAAAGAAGAGUGGCAAAAAGAUUCAGUCUUCAAACAGAUGGGCUGUUUGUGGAGAUCUGGAAAGUCAAGGCUUGUAUCACAACUGCGAAAUGCAAAAAGCUCCACAGAGAGAGCAGCACUGAAACCAAGCAACAUUCGAUCUGUUCAGGUUUGGAGCGCUUGGGUUAAGAGUAGGACUUCGUCUGUGUUCAAGGCAAAGAGUGAAAAGUACAGAGCACUAAGGAGAGCUCAGAUUCCUCACACCACUAGUCGUAGAGGAAUGAAUCGUCUAGCUUGUGAAAUGAAAAAAAAGAGUGAAGACCCUAAGAAGAUUAGCCGGAGCAAGGUCUGGAUAGCAGGACACACUCACUCUGAUGGUAGACCUGUUAGACCUGAGUUUGCUGAAACCAUUGAAAAAAUAAUUUCACUUGAUAGUCAAAUGGACUCCACAUCCAGUGUUAAUAUAAAAGAAGAUGCUGUUAGUCAAGUGUUGGGAGUAGACAAACCUGGACGAGUCAGAGGGUUGGGAAGAGGGAUUACUGCUACGAAACUAGCAUUCUUGUCAGCUAGAGACUCCAAACUUGCCGACUUGGAAAGCGAGAUUAAAGACUUGAAGAUUCUGGUCCGUGACUUAGCUGGAAAUAAGAAAAACAAUGAUGAUUGUGUUUCUCCAUCUGAGGCUAGUUAUGUAUACAAAGAAGGAACUAGAGUUCAACUACUUGAUUGGUGUGAGUCAAAAGAUGUUGUUGUCGCUGAAGGAGAAUUCUGCUCUGCUGAAGGUACAUACAAGAUUGGUCGUAUUCCGAUUGGUCCUAACGCCGCGGCGGUUGUUGUAAAGUCGGUAUCAAACCCGAAGGCAUCUGUUUGGAGGCCAACUACGGAUGUGCGUAAUCUUCAGGAAGCAGCGGGAUGCAAAAUUCCAUGGCCAAUUGAUAAACUGAUACUAGAUAGUGCAUCGAACAACCAUCCAGUUUCCUCGGAUGUGUUAAGAUCAAAGAAUACUACCGUAGAUGAUCUUGAAAGGUGCAAGAUCUACGAUUGGGUUAAGGGCGUCGAGGUAAUCGCUGAAGGUUUUAUGGGUUCGACUGACCCAUAUGAGAUGGUGAACAAUGUUCCUUUGGGUCCGAAUGCUGUAGUUAUGAGAGUUGCUAAGAUUAAUGGAAAGCUUUUCUAUGGAGGCCAACAAGUGACAUGA